UGCAAGUCCUGGUUUUACGGAUGAACCCCGGGCACGGGCACCUCCUGCGUGCCGCCGUCACCCCUCCGAGGCUGCACCAUCCCCGUCUGCUCUGAUAACUCGCCCUCCAUUCACUCCAGCAGCCGACAGAGCCCAGGCACCCGGCGGAGACCGGACUCGGGGCUUUAUGUUUACCGAGCAGAAGCUGCGAGAGGAAGCCAGAGCCAUGGGCUUCUCCUUCAGCCUUCGAUGAACUGAGCUAAGUUGGACCCACACAGCUCAUCCAACCAGUCUCUGCCUGCAGUGGGAGCCUCCCUCUCCCCAGCGCACGCUCCAGCCAUGGCAGGAUUCAAGCGGGGAUAUGAUGGCAAAAUUGCUGGCCUAUAUGACCUUGACAAGACGCUGGGCCGUGGCCACUUUGCCGUGGUGAAGCUGGCACGCCAUGUCUUCACUGGAGAGAAAGUUGCGGUGAAGGUGAUAGACAAGACCAAGCUGGACACGGUGGCCACAGGUCACCUCUUUCAAGAAGUCCGCUGCAUGAAGCUGGUCCAACAUCCCAACAUCGUGCGCCUCUAUGAAGUGAUAGAUACUCAGACCAAACUUUACCUCAUCUUGGAGCUAGGUGAUGGAGGAGAUAUGUUUGACUACAUCAUGAAGCAUGAGGAGGGUCUGACUGAAGAGCUGGCCAAGAAAUACUUUGCCCAAAUUGUCCACGCUAUCUCUUACUGCCAUCGGCUGCACGUGGUGCACAGGGACCUCAAGCCGGAGAAUGUGGUGUUCUUCGAGAAACAAGGGCUGGUAAAGCUCACUGACUUUGGAUUCAGUAACAAAUUUCAGCCGGGGAAGAAGCUGACCACCAGUUGUGGAUCUCUGGCAUACUCUGCACCAGAAAUACUGUUGGGCGAUGAGUAUGAUGCUCCAGCUGUAGAUAUCUGGAGUCUGGGUGUGAUCCUGUUCAUGUUGGUAUGUGGCCAGCCGCCCUUCCAGGAAGCUAACGACAGCGAGACCCUCACCAUGAUCAUGGACUGUAAAUACACUGUACCAGCUCACGUCUCCAGGGCCUGCGAAGAUCUUAUAGACCGAAUGCUUCAGCGGGACCCCAAAGGGCGAGCCUCCCUGGAUGAAAUCGAGACCCACACCUGGCUGCAGGGGGUUGACCCAUCGCCAGCGACUAAAUACAACACUCCCCUGGUCUCCCACAAGAGCCUGUCUGAGGAGGAGCAUACCAGCAUCAUCCAGCGCAUGGUGCUGGGAGACAUCGCUGAUCGAGAAGCCAUAGUCGAAGCCCUGGAAACCAACAAAUACAAUCACAUCACAGCCACGUACUACCUGCUGGCAGAGAGGAUCCUAAGGGAGAAGCAGAAGGAGGUCCAGAUCCGCUCAUCCAGCCCCAGCAACAUCAAGGCUCAAUUCAGGCAGUCCUGGCCCACCAGAGUGGACAUGCACCAGGACAUAGAGGACAGCUUGGCAGCAUCCUCCAUCUCCAUCUCCGGAGGUCCCCAGUCCCCGGCUCGCAGCACAGAGAGCCUGCUCAACGGACACCGCACCAAAGGCCUGAUGGAGCUGGGCCGACGGGAGGAGUCGGUGACGGACUCACCAGGACCGUCGGCAAAGGGAGCCUGUGCUGCCCCCCCGUCUCUUGGCUCCGGGACCCUCAGGACCCCAAGUGCCUCCACCUCAGCAGCAGCCAAGCAGAGAACCUGCCUCUUCAGGGUGGAGGAGGAUGAGGAGGAUGAGGAAGAUCGCGACUCGUCCCCCCGCCCGGCCCAGGUGGUCCUGCGGCGGAAGCCCCCCUCCAUCACCAACCGCCUCACCUCCAGGAAGAGCGCCCCGGUGCUCAACCAGAUCUUCGAGGAGGAGGGCGAGUCGGACGACGACUUCGACCUGGACGAGGGUCUGCCGCCCAAACUCAGCCGCCUCAAGAUGAACAUGGCCGGGACCCCCAGCCUGAGCCCAGCCGCCAGCUCCUCCUCCUCCCCCCCCCCGGGCUCCACGCAGAAGCGCUACCAGCGGCGUAAGAGCCAGGGGCGGGGCUCGUCGUGCUCCAGCUCGGAGACGAGCGACGACGACUCGGAGAGUCACCGCCGGCGUCUGGACAAAGACUCCGGCUUCAGCUACGGCUGGAACCGCAGGGACAGCAGCGAGGGUCCGCCCGGCAGCUCGGGGGGGAACGGGGGAGGAAGCAGCUCAGGGCAGGGGAAGCCCCCCGGAGAGGGGGGGGGCACCUCCGGUCCGGACCGGGGGAGUCCUCCUGGAGGGGGUGGGAACGGAGGCGGGGGGGAUGGCGGUGGUGGCGGGGGGAACGGGGGAGGAGGAGGAGGAGGGAAUAAAGGACAAGACAACCCCUCCAGUUGUUGUAACAACAGCAGCACCGCCCCCCCCUCCCUCAGCUCGCUGUCCCGCUCCGCCCGCACGGCGAGCCGCAGCGCCGAGCUGGUGGAGAGCCUGAAGCUGAUGAGCCUGUGCCUCAGCUCGCAGCUGCAGCACCACCGCGCCGGGCGGGGGGGCCGGGGGGGGAAGUUCAUCAUGGACCCCUGCAGCCUCCCUGGGGGGGGCGUGAAGAUCCAGGAGAAGUCGGCCUGGAGGAUGUGCAUCGGCUCCACCGGGAGCCUGGACACAAUCACCCUGCCCACCACCGCCGCCCCCCCCCGCGCCCACUCCGCCCAGCACCACCACCACCACCGCAAGUCCGGGCCGCACCACCCCCCCGGCUCGCAGGCCCGGCCCGACAGGACGGCUCCCAGUGGCCUGAGCGCUCUGAAGCGGGGGGUGCUCCAACUACCUCUGUGUGAGAAAAGCAUCUCUGUGAACAUCCAGCGGGGGGGCGGCUCCAGGGACGGGCUGCUCUGCUCCUCCACUCAGGCCAGCUGCUGCCAGGUGGUCUGAGGCUCCUCCCACCUGGAUGACAUGCCGCUCAGCCCCCCCCAGAUCAGUGACUGCUCCACAUUCUCACCGUGUUGUCCUGUGUUUGGCUGAGCUGAGUCUGCUGUCGUCUCUGAGCUCCACCUCUCCACCUUUUCACCUCUCCACCUUUUCACCUCUCCACCUCUCCUUCUCCACCUCUCCUCUGUCACUUUGAUCUGCUCCAUGUCGUGUCUGAGGUUCACGUUGACUUUUUUAACUUGUAUCGUUUUCAUGUUAUCUUUGUUUCAUGUCUCCAGGUGCUUUUCAGACGAGUGGCACUAAUAUUCUUUUAAUUCUUUAUCACAAUAUGUUGCUUUUAGAACAUUUUACAAUU